CGGUCAAUUUUAAAAUUAUAAAUUAUAAAAGUUACACCGCCUUUCUCCAAAAUUAUAGCGUCGCAAUUACGUGAUAUUAUGAACUAACUUUAGAGAUAUCUAAUAUGGACUCCGGAUAUAAUGAUUAUAAUAAUAUUAUGUACAUACACGUAAACACAGACCAAUUUAAUAUAAAUAAUAAUAUACAUGCAUCAUUGUCAAUACCUAGGUUAUAAACGUACUUAACUAUAAUUAAAGAUAUUAAUGACAUCAUAAAUGUUUCAAAAUAAAAAUAUGUUUCAGCAUUUAUAUCAACCAUCAACACCAUGGCGUCCACAAAUACACCUCCCGAAAUUCCACCGCGAAGACACAGCUCAACCAUUUCACCAAACAAGAUUAUUAAUCAAAGUUCUGCUGCAGAGUCAAAAUCUCCUUCCUUUCUAUCACGGAGACAUUCAUCUUGUAUUGACGAUAACAUGGAUAGUGAUACCGAAACCGCGUUGUACACUCCAUCGACCAUGGUUCCUUUGAUUCCGGCCAGACGGAACCCUGGGCCGCCAGUUAUAAGUCCACGCCCGGCCCAAUACAAGUUGCCGCCUCCGCCGCGCGCCACCAACGGCUGUGCGGGCGAUCCGCCGACCGACCGACAGACCGUCAGAGGGUUCAUCGACGACCAUGCCAAAGACACCGCGGUCGUGGUCCAACAGCAGCCCCAGCAACCGCAGCAACCGCAGCAACCGCAGCCACCACAGCAGCCGCCGCAACUGCGCGCCAGAAGAUUCAAAGUGCCGCCACCCAUCAAAUGCAUUUCCGAGCCGCUGGACGGUGGUAGCCGCGAGAGUUACGAGAUGAUGACGCCCGCCGCGACCAUGUCUCCGAAUCGACAGGACAGCGGUCAUUGGAGUGACUCGUACAGUGUCAACUCGUCGCCCGGCUACUCGACCAAGAGCAUGGAAACGCCGCUGCUGUCGUCGCACGCCAAAAUGAUACCAUCCAGGUCGAACAAGAAACGUUUCAUACUCGACCGGUACGUGGUGUGCGAUCAGUGGAAUGGCCGGGCCAGGUUUUCGCCGGCCAACAGCGGCCAGAUCAGCUCCAGCAGCACGGCCGAGCUGACCAAGAGCCAUUCGACGCCGGCCAGUCUGCAAGCAGUCGUCGAGUUCAACGAAAACUCACCCAACUCGCUGCAACACCGGGUGUUGGGGACCGAAGCCAUUGACGUCACCGAAGUUUUUAUUCGACUGCAAAGGCGACAAGUAGUGUACAACGUCGCCAUCCUGAUUUUCAUUACAGUUCUUUUGAUAUUUUUCGUACGAGUGGGAUUGCCGAGCAGCAGUGGCGGCGGUCAAGUGUCCGUCAGCAAAACGGCGUCGACGAUUGUGCGGAACUCAAACGCCGCGGCCUCCGCCGUCGACUACGCCAACGGCAGCGGUUUACCGUUCAAGACUAUUUCCGUCGACGCUGACCUUUCGUCGGUGCAUGCCACCCCCACCGAUCCGUCGUCAAACAUGACGGCUUCGACUCCGAAAAAAAAUAACGUUCCGAUCAUUCUGCCGAAUCCACCGGCGGCUGAAGAUAUGUACGACGUGGCUAUUUUCAAUCCCAUGUAUCCCAUCGUCGAAUACCCCAAAAGCACUUGCCUACCGUCUUUUUGUCAAAACGUCACGUCCACCUUACCACAGUACCUGUACACUAUACCUUACAAGCCAGAAUACGAUCCCAGAGAGCUGAUAGCGCUGGAGUCUGUGGUAAACGUCCGUUGCUAUGAGCUGACGGCACUGUACUUUUGUGCGCUCCUCGCGUCCAGAGGCUGUGGAAACCGCAAAUUGAAGCCUUGUCAGUCGCUUUGUAAAGAGACUAUUCGGAGCUGUGGUUUCUUCUUUGACAUAUUUGAAGCGUACCACGAACAUCGGGAGUGCACGCAGUUUCCGAACGACAACAAUAACCCUAACACGUUUUGCAUCGGACACCGGGAAGUACUCAACGUCAGGAAAAUGAAGCUCAGAGGACUUUGCCACGAAGGUUUUAAGUGUGACAAAAAGCGAUGUAUCCCAUUGGAUUGGAAAUGUGAUGGACAUUUCGAUUGUGAAGAUCACACCGAUGAAUUGAAAUGUUCACAAUGCCCGGAUCAAUUGUUUUGCGGAGCUGGAAAAUGUAUAGCUGUAGAGCACAUUUGCAACGGCGUGUCGGAUUGCGAAUGGGGACAAGACGAACGGAAUUGCGUGCGACUUAGUGGCGAGAUGGGAGUGCGAGGUGAAGGGAUGCUGGAGCUUUAUUCGCCGAACACGACGUCGUGGCGACCCGCGUGCAUUCAGAGUUGGGAUUCAGACCUGUCGGCCACCAUAAUUUGCAACAUUCUUGGAUACAAACUAUCUUCUAAAAGCAUGCUCGGUGAGAACAACAAACUUUUGGCCUCUGUUAAGUACAACCAAUCAGAAGAAUACUACGACGAAAACAAAAUGACCGUUUACAGAGAAAUCCGAUACUGUCCGGAUUCGUACUUGUACCCGUCUAUAAGUCUCUUGUGUACCAAUUUUGAGUGCGGUGUCAGACGGAGACCGCAAACUAUGAAUAAGAGGAUCGUGGGCGGCAGACCAUCACUGCCCGGCGACUGGCCAUUUUUGGCCGCAAUCCUCGGCGGCCCGGAUGAGAUAUUCUACUGCGCCGGAGUGUUGAUAUCCGAACAGUGGGUGCUGACGGCGGCUCAUUGCACUGGAGGGAGGAAAAUAUUGGGUGACCUAUCAGAAUGGACCAUACAACUGGGAAUGACGAGGAGACAUUCUCAUUCAUUUUUCGGACGAAAAGUGAAAGUGGAAAAAAUCAUCAGACACGAGAUGUACAACAACGGGCCCGUUCAGCACGAUCACGAUAUCGCACUUUUCAAGCUCAGCGAAAAGUUAACAUUCCACGAGUUUUUACUUCCGGUGUGUUUACCGCCGCCAAACAUGGUUCUGAAAGCAAACAUCAGCUGCACAGUCAUCGGAUGGGGUAGACGCAAUGGUCUCGAAGGAGCCGAUUACGAACCGACGGUAAACGAAGUCCAAGUUCCCGUACUGGACAGAGAUUUGUGUAACACAUGGCUAAAACAGAAGGACGUUAACAUCACGGAGGGAAUGAUAUGCGCUGGGUACGAGCAGGGCGGCAAAGACGCGUGUCAGGGCGACUCGGGAGGUCCGCUGCUGUGCCCGAUGGAAGGAUUCAGAGACCGGUGGUUCGUCGGUGGCAUCGUCAGUUGGGGCGUGGAGUGCGCUACACCAAGUCUGCCUGGUGUGUAUGUCAACGUGCCCAUGUACACAGAAUGGAUCAAGAACAACAUACGCACCGACCAGCUGUUUUCAUCGACAGACGACGAGUAUUGAAUGCGAUUUUUCACGAGCAACACGCCAUCGGCUGUCAUCCCUUCGUCGAUCCAAUCCCCAUGCCCAUCAUCACCUAUCUACCGUUUGAAACUGCAAUUGACUGCACCGUAAUCUGCAGCGGUUUUCGCCUUUUGGUUUGCCCCACUGGAAAAUAAAAUAUCAACGAAAAUACUUAUAAUAUAAUAAUAUAAUAUAGGUACCGGUUUAGUAUAGUGCACUUUUGGCUUUCAUCGAGCAAACGGAAGUAUUCCAUAUUAUACAACAGGUAUUGAUAUAGCGUUUUACAAUAUAAUAUUGCCAUGUGCAAUGUUCAGUGUAUUAAUGUUCCACGGCCACCUCUUCCAUGAUUUUGAUCAAAGGCGAUCGGGUUCGAUUGAAAAAAUAUAUAUAUAAAAAAAAAAAACAAUACAAUAAUAUUAAAUUUCAACUUAUCCGGACGACGUGUACGACGGCCGCCGUAAUAUUAUUAUCGUUUGAUAGGUAUAAUAUCAUGUAAAACUCCGCACAAAACUCGCAAUUUAUGUAAUAAUUGUUGAUUCGUCCACAUAAUAUUUAAUUGAAACUCUUUAGGCACUUAGCUACUAUAGGUUUUCUGGGAGCGAUAGGCACGAUAGUUUCGUAUUGCAAACUAUAUAAUAUUAUAUGCAGACGAUGCGAUGGUUGGAUAUCAUACACGGAAACAAUAUUUCCGACAUUUUUCAGACGAUAAAUUUUCUCACAAGAUUAUCGAAGUUUACAAUAUGUCGUGGUUUGCGCUACUAUACUAUAUCCAUAUAAGACGUUCGUUGAUACGAUAUUUUAACAUGUAUCAUCAUUGACGGUACAUCGUAAUAUUUGUUUAAAAUAGGUAAAUAUCCGUCAAAAUAUGUCUUGCAACUUUUAUAGAAAGCGUACAACACGGUAUACGUUUAAACAAAGUGGCACAUUCAAUCAUAAUAAUAUGGUCAUCCGUCCAACAGCCUACUCCUGAUAUUUUGUAAGUUUAUUGUAGUCUUACUUCGUUUGGAACUUUUACUCGAAUUAAUGAUAAUGUUGUAGUAUAGUCGUUAUACUAUAGCGUACACAGUCAUACGCAAAUUCUCAGACUUUUUGAAUACAAAAUAUUCAUAAUAAUAUACCUUUUUUUCUUUGUUCAACCGACAGCAGAUGAUAGUCUCUGUUUGAACAAUACUAUUCCUCUGCUGCCAUCGUUUGUUGGUGGAUAAAAUUUAUAAAUAUACUAAUAUACCUAGGUACUUACAACUUUCCAAACGGUUUUUAAUUUCAUUCCAUAUAGAUUAAUUACGUAUUAUAUUGCCGCACACGGUCUUGUUUCCAGUAAACGGUAUCCUUAGUUUAUAAUUUACAAGGCGAUUGACAUCUGAUAGAAUAUAUAGAAAAUAGUUAAGUCAUAUAUUUAUUGUAAUAUUGACUAUGAUUGCAAAGAGAUAUUUUUUUAUCGGAACACUUAACUAUAAUAUUAUUACCUAUAAAACGUUAGCUUGCGAUUUUCAGCAAAACUUUAUUAAUUUUCUAUACGCACGCCAGGUACAACAACUGUAAUGGUGUCACUAGUCACAUCUUCCGUUAUUAUAAUGUUUAAUUAAAAAAUAAAUAAAAUUGCUCAUUGAAAAACACACACACACACGCACACACUCACACACACAUUGGUUAGAAUAUUAUUACAAUAAUUGUAAUAUAAUAUACUCCAAAAUGUCGUGUGGUAAAAGCGUAAGCGAUAAACAAUCUUAUGUGGAAGUCCUAAUCUUCAUGGCGAUGGAAUUAUAGACAAUAAACAUAAUAUUUUACACAUUAUUCCAAAGACAAAAAGUGAGAUUUUUUUAUGUAAAUUCAUUUAAACUUAAGUAACAAUUAAAAAAUAACACUAAUCUUAAUGCCAAAAAUAUGCUAAGAAAUAGUUGCGCGUAUAUUUAAUAUAUUACCUAUAAUAUUGGACAGUGGGCUAUUUUUGUAAAAACAAAUAGAUACAUUAAAAAACAAAAUGGAAUUACAUAUUUUAUUUGAUAAUAUAAUACGUACCUAUAUUAUAUUAAGUUGCUUAGGUAAUUACUAAUAAACUUUCCUACGAAAUGAUAACUAUACUCAGAACACCUUCUUAUGUAAUUUCUAUUUAAAUGAGUGGAGUUCGAUUAUUUUUGCCUGUAAUCAUAUUUUCAGACAAACCACAAAAAACUAUAAUCAAUCAAAUAAACUCAAUUAGCAUAAUAUUCUGAAGUUUGAUAUCAAUCAAAGUAAAAGUUAGUUAUAUUUGAUAGGCUUAUAGCCAGUCUUAUGUAAUAUACCACUUAUAAAUUAUUAGUUGGAUAAGUAUUACAAUUUUCGAAAAACCACUAUUACUUUAGCUCAAGCUUUAAAUGUGAUUAGUUUUCAAAAAAUUGAAAAAAAAACAUAAUAUAAUAAACAAAUAUAUUUAAAUAUAAUAUUAUAAGAAUAAAUAAAUCAUGUUUGACAAAUGACAAUAUAAUAUAAAUUAAAUAUAAUUACUAAUAGGUACCUACGUGUAACUAUAAUAUAUACUUACGUUAAUGUUCUAUCGUAGAUUAGAAAUCGUAUAGGUAUGAUCUUUGAUGUGGUUGUACAACACGUACAAUAUUAUAAAAUAAUAUAAUGAAGAAAUUUAGGGCGUGUAUUGUUUCUUUAAAAAUUGUUUAUGUUGCGUUUGGUUUAUGAUUGGUUAUUAUAUUAUACAAAUAUUAAUAUAUUUUAUGAUAAAUGUUUUGGCGAUUGGGAAAAUGGAAGUGUUUAUUUUUCUAUUUCGGAUGUCCUGGUGAAAGGGGUCAUCAACGCUAGUGAAUCAUGGUAUGGGACCUGACAAUAGUUUGUAAAAAAAAAAUGUGAUUAUCGGAAUGGAAAAUAAUGAUUAUAAUAAUGUACCAAGCUGUUAUUUUUGAGGACAAUUUAUAUAGUCGUGUUAUAUUGAUUUUUGUACUAAAACAAAUAUUUAUAUAUAUUAAAAAUGUACGUUAAACAUACUUUAAUACCUGAAUGCAAUUUUAUGUAAGUGAUAGGAAAUUUCAUAGUUACCAAAAAUAUUAAAACUAUAUUCAUGGGGUGAGAAUAUGAGAAUGUUCUGUGAGAAACUUUUAAAAGUAUUUUGUUUUGGUUCUAAUUUUAUUGUGUGAGGUUUGAAUGGUUCUAUGUGAUAUUGUAGUCUAAUAUAGAAUAUUAUUAUACCUAUUAUGUUAGACUAUAUAACACAACAUUAAAGUAUUUAGAUAUAUUAUAGGUGUUAAGAUAAAAAUUAAGUAAGUUGUAUUGUAAAAGAAAUGUUCAUAAAACUGCAGCAUAACACACAAACGAUAACAGACAAUUCAAUGUUCGUCACAUUAUUGAACAUUUUCAUGCUCAUCCCGAGUGUAUUUAUAGAAUUUAUUAGUUAGUACCUAUUGUAAUAUUGUAAUUGUGUGAAGAAGUAAAAUAUAUAUAAUUUUAUACUUAAAGAUAUAUUAAUCAUAAUUUGUUACCAACAAAUCACAGAAACGAAUGGCAAAAAUAAAUUAUUUUUACUAUUGAAUUUUUUUCCGUUCGUUAAUUUCUUGUGUGUGCAUUUUACUUUUAUUGGUUGUAUUUUGAAAAGAAAAACUAUUGAUUAUAGUUAUAACGAUGUUACCGUAUGUAUCCGAUGCCUAAUGACUUAAAGUAGAUAGAGAUAUAAUUAUUUAUUAAAUGUUAUAUGGAUAAGGAAAUUAGUAUAUUAAGAAAAAAUUAAGUUGAAUAUAACGUAUAUUUGUGUAAACUAGAAUAAGCAACGAAUUGUCUAGUAAAGAAAAUUAUAAAGCUUGAAA